UCCGGGCUUCCCUCUGGCCCCUGGGCCCGUGCCAAGUGCUGGGCAGAGUCUUCAGGAAGGAGCUGGGGACCAUGGUCGCCUUGGUGGAAUUCGCUGACAAUUUAAACCGUAGUGUGGUCCCCCAACAUAUUCCAGGCAAAGGGGGACCCUGGAGGGUGGUCUGCCUGUCCCAGGUCCCCGAUACUGAACUAGAGGGGACUCUAGCUUUCCAUUAUCAGUUUAAGGGCCCCGUGCCGGCUGGCAGGGCAGGUGAGGCGGGAGCCACAGCCAAGGGAGCCGCCGGUGUGGCCAUGGCAGGUGCCAUAGGGGUCUCAGAUGAGGCAGCUGCUCCGUCUGAAGGAGGAACUGCAGGCGAGGCAGGAGGCACCAGUGAAAGUGGAAUGGAGCCUGUGACGAGCACAGCAGCUGAGGCAGGAGAGGCAAGUGUGGAGGCUCAAGGAAUGGUAGUGGCCUCCGAAGAGGUAGAAGGUCUGUUAGAAAGGGAAGCAGCAGCUGAGGCCGGAGUGCUAGGUGAUUCAGGCUAUGAGGAUGUGCCAGCGGGUACAGGCGAGGUAGCAGUGGAGAAUGUGGCUGGCUCCUCAGGUCAGAAAGGAGCAGCAGGUGGAGUAGGAGCAGCUGGAGAGGAAGGACGAGCAGUUGAAGCAGGAGAAGAGGCUGGAGCAGUAGGUGGGGCAGCUGGAGCGGCAGUGGCAGGCUACGAGGAUAUCAGGGCAUGGGGCGAGGCAGCAGCCCCUAGAGAAGGAAGAAGGCCCCCAGAUUGGAUGCGUAAGUGGAAGAAUGCUCUGCCACCUAUGUUGGAGAACCUGCGCGUUCAGGAGCUGAGGCCCUUUUCAGGUCAGGAAGCAGCAGAUCCUGAAGAAGAGCCCUUCGAAGUCUGGGUGGAACACGCCUACAACAUGCUGUACCUGUGGCGCCACCUGUCAGAGAAAGAAAAGAAGCGGCGCCUGGUGGAUUGCCUGAGCGGCCCAGCCCUGGAUGUCCUAUGCACCCUCCUGGCCGAAGACCCCAAUCUCUCCAUGCAGGACUGCCUGGUGGCCAUGGUGCAGGUGUUUGGCACUCAGGACUCAAGCAUGGCUGCGCAGAUCAGUUUCCUCACCUGCACCCAGGAGCCCCAGGAGCCCCUGUUUGACUUCGUGAUGCGUCUGGAAGGUGUGCUGCAGACUGCAGUGGAGAAGGGGGCAGUGCAACCAUCCAGCGCCGACAAGGUGCGUGUUCGGCAGGUGCUGACUCGAGGUCGGCCCAACUUCAUGUUGUGCAACAAGCUGAUGUGCAUAUACCUAGAGGGUUGGGCCCCUGACUUCCUGGGGAUGCUGAAGCUGAUCGAAGAGUGGGAGGAUAUGAUGGACUUGGAAAAGUCUGAGCCCACCCAUGGCAAGAGGCUGGUGUUCCAGAAUUAUCCAGAUGUUGACUCCAAUAAUGAAGAUGCUGCCCGGGCCAACCUCAAUGCUGCAAGUGUUGCCCGGGCCAACCCCAGUGCUGCAGGUGACAACUCAGAUGAUGAAGGUGGUGCCAAGGCCAACCCAGACGACAAAGGUGCUGACCCAGACGACGAAGGUGGUGCCGCAGGAGCCGACCCAGAUGACAAAGGGGCGAACCCCGACAAUGAAGAUGCCGGCUCAGAUGACAAAGGGGCUGCCAAGGCCAACCUGGGUGCUGCAGGUGCUGACCCAGACGACAAAGGUGCUGACCCAGAAGACGAAGAUGCCGGCUCAGAUGACAAAGGGGCUGUCAAGGCCAACCUGGGUGCUGCAGGUGCUGACCCAGACGACAAAGGUGCUGACCCAGACGACGAAGGUGCCGGCUCAGAUGACAAAGGGGCUGCCGAGGCAAACCUGGGCGCUAAAGGUGCUGACCCAGACGAUGAAGGUGGUGCCGAGGCUAACCUAGAUGCUGCAGGUGCUGACCCAGACGACAAAGGUGCUGACCUAGACAACAAAGGUGCUGACCCAGACGACGAAGAUGCCGGCUCAGAUGAUGAAGGGGCUGCCAAGGCCAACCUGGGUGCUGCAGGUGCUGACCCAGACGACAAAGGUGCUGACCCAGACGAUGAAGGUGCUGACCCAGACGACGAAGGUGGUGCCGAGGCUAACCUAGAUGCUGCAGGAGCCGACCCAGAUGACAAAGGUGCUGACCCCGACGACGAAGAUGCCGGCUCAGGUGACGAAGGGGCUGCCAAGGCCAACCUGGGCGCUGCAGGUGCUGACCCAGACGAGGAAGGGGCCGACCCAGACGACGAAGGGGCCGACUCAGAUGACGAAGGGUCCACUGAGGCCAGCCUGGGUGUUGCAGGUGCCGACCCAGACGACGAAGAUGCCGACUCAGAGGAUGAAGGGGCCGCCCAGGCCCACCCAACUGCUGGAGAGUCCAACAUGGCCAUCGACAAGCCUGGAUCGCCCACUGUGGCUGGCCCAGAAGCCGAUGCUGCUGCAAAGGGUGCCCCUGCCCCUUAGGAAGGUGGGCACGCCUCCACCCCAGCUCACGUGGGCAGUGCUCCUGCGGCAGAGAGUGCAGGCACUGGAUCUCAGUGCCUUGGCCAGUGAGGGGUGACGCCCACCUCAGGACGGCAGGAAGAAGGAAGGUCUAGGGGUGGGGCUGGCUGCCGGAAGCUCCACUCCAGUUGUUCGUGACUCAGUUUCCUCAAUCUGAUGCCGUUUUCUUUGCUUUCUUUCAGUAUUGCCCUUUGCCUGUCCUGGGGGAGAGGGACGGCGGGGUGGGGGGGCUUAAGGCAGGAUCCCACCUUAGCCGAUCGAGUUGGGAAGGGACCUCCAGAAGUAUUGGACGUUGCCAGAGUUCAUUGUCCUGACAGGAGGCAGCCUGUGGGCUGCUGA